UAAAACAAUAGUACCAAACAUUACUAGGAUGGCAUUUUUUCUUCGAAAACUACGCCCUCCAUCUCAGGAGUUGGAUAAACCAUGGAGGACAGUCAUCUGGACUGAAGCUGAGAAGCAACAACUUUUGAGAACUCUAAACAAUUUCAAAACUGGGAGCACAGAGGUCAAUACUCUCAGAAUGCUUCUGCAUGGACCAGUAGGUGCUGGAAAAUCCAGCUUCUUCAACUCUAUGGAUAAUGUUCUCCAGGACCGCAUCACCACCAGAGCCCUGGCAGAUUCAUUAAGUGGUAAAAGUUUCACUAUGGAGUGCAAACAGUUUAACCUGAGAAAGAAAGCAGGCUCUUACUUUCCUUUCACAUUUACUGACAUCAGGGGAAUGGAAAUAGAAGAAGGAAAUGGUGUGCAUCCCAAAGACAUUCCCAAAAUAUUACUGGGCCAUGUCAAAAAUGGAUACAUAUGUAAUGCAGAAAAUCCCAUUUCUGAAGGAAACCCAAAGUAUAAUGAAAAUCCAAGUCUAAAUGACAGGAUUCACUGUCUGGUGGCUGUUAUUCCAGCUAACUCCAUAUCUCUAAUGGAACAGAUUGUAAUUGACCAACUGAGAAAAGUUCGUCAAAAAGCAAGAGACUUGGGCAUUCCUCAAGUCAUUAUCAUGACCAAGGUGGAUGAAGUGUGUCCACUCGUUAAAGGCAACCUUGAGAAGGUCUACGCAAGCAAAAAAAUAAAAGAGAAGAUGGAUGAGUGCUCUAUGAGACUGGGAGUUCCUGUAAAUUGCAUCUUCCCGGUAAAGAACUACCAUGAUGAGGACCCCGGCAAUACAAAAAUGGAUAUUCUGAUUUUAAAGGCAUUAUUAAACAUUGUUAACUUUGCCAGUGACUAUGUACUGGACCAGACAGACAAUGAAUAA